UGCUGCCUUACGAUUUGUCGCCUUUCGCAUCCGUGACGUGACCUUCCCAAGAUGGCCUGUGCAGACAGCUCAUCCAAUCCUACUCUGAGACCCUACCCAUACUUCAAACCAGAAGAAGACUGUGAAAAACUUCGUAAAGCCAUGAAAGGGCUGGGAACCGACGAAAAAGCCAUCAUUGAUGUUCUGGCCCAUCGGACAGCAGACCAACGCGUACAAAUCGUGAAUAAGUUCAAGACGAUGUACGGCAAGGAUCUAAUUCGCGAACUCAAAUCCGAGCUUACUGGUCAUUUCGAGGACGUGAUCGUUGCGAUGUGCUACUCUUUGGAUGAAUUAGACGCUCGGGAAUUACGUCGGGCUAUGGAAGGAGCGGGAACUGACGAACAAACAUUGAUUGAAAUCCUUUGUUCCCGCAGCAACGCUCAGAUCCGCAGAAUCAAGGAGAUUUACAGCAACAUCUUCAAAGGUCGAAACUUGGAGAAAGACGUAAUGAGUGAAACUCACGGGCAUUUCAAACGUAUUCUAGUCAGCUUGGUACAGGGCAAUCGUGAUGAGAGUACUCAUGUCGACAUGCAAGCUGUUCAAGCUGACGCCCAAGCCUUGUACAAAGCAGGAGAAAAGCAACUGGGAACUGAUGAGUCAUGUUUCAAUCGGAUUUUGGUCUCGAAAUCCGAGGCUCAUGUUCGAGCUGUGAUCAACGCUUAUAGCUCUGUGAGUAAGAAGGACCUGGAAGAUGCUCUCAAGUCGGAAAUGAGUGGGGAUCUCUUGCAAGCUUUUCUCGCUGUUACCCGCUGUAUUCGAAACAAACCAGGAUAUUUCGCAAGACAAUUGAAGAAAUCCAUGGAAGGUGCCGGCACGCGUGAUAGGCACUUGAUUCGCAUCGUGGUUACCCGUGCCGAAGUUGAUAUGGCAGAUAUCAAGCUGGAGUUCUCCCGCCAAAAUGGCAAGUCCCUUGAGGCAUGGAUCGCGGAUGACACAAGUGGAGAUUACAAACGCAUGCUCCUUGCUCUGAUCGCUUGAAAAGCCCAACCGAUGGGGGAGAAUAGAAUAUUCGCAAUGACGAUAUCAGCGACAAAUUCGACAUCCCUCGUUAUAACCUAAACAUUCACUUAUUCAUUCGUUCACUGCUACGGAGUGUUUUUAUUUUCAUUUUGUGGGAGGCCGCUUUCUGAACUCUCAUUUAUGCCAGCACAGUUAUUUUCUUUAAAAAAA